CUGAAUAUUUGUGCAUUCCACUAGUUACGUGUGUAAGUUGGGUUUCUAAGUAACAAAUCGAUGAUACUGCUGAUGAUAUUGCAUAGAUAUUACCCUGGGCAUAAAGUUGUGAUAGAUGAUGUUUUGAUGUCUUGGGGGCCAAGUGUGAUAUUAGAUAUUGUACAACAAUUUGUAUUUAACUGAACGCUCAGUGUAUUGAAAUUGAGGAAAAGAUCCAUACCCUUCCAAUCAUAAGAAGUAAAAGCAUAAUAUUAAGUAUUUGUCAGUAGAGUUUAUAUUCUAAGGGCUGAUCGCUCGCAUUCAACCACAGUGAUGCUAAAUUCAUACCGUCAGUUUGAUAAUUUAGAAUUUUUCCUGUGACGACUCGACAUUGAACAUUUAUCUGUGGCUCUUAAUUGAAGGCUAUUGGACAUAUGCUUUUACUGACUUCAAUCUAAUCUCUGUUUUACUGUGUAGGCUUGAAUAUAAAGAACCCCUGCAUUUGUAGACAUCUGUGCAACAAGAGUUACCUGAACACAAUUUCCUUGAGAACAACUAUUGAUGGCACGACGGAAACCAUCUGCAUUGUCCAACGCAAAUCUGAUUUAUUGCAGUUGUGAGUCGGACCUGUGACCUUUAACAUCAACACCUGAAACAUUAGACUACAACAGUGCUAAGUCCCAGUAGUGAGUAGAAGUACUGCAAUCAGUUAUUUACCCCGUAUAGAAAGGAAAUAUACCAUCAUGCCUCGAUGCAAAUCCAAAAGUGUGGAGCAAAGAAGAAAGUUAAUUGCACAGUACAAUAGCAGGCAAAGAGAAGGAGAGACACCAGACGCUGCUGCGAAACGUCGUGAAUCAAAUAGGGUCAGCAUGAAGCGACACAGAGCACAGGAGCCAGCAGAGACUACAGCAAAGCGACGUGCAGCAGAUAAGAGUCAUAAAAAGCAAUACAGAGAACAUGAGACAGCAGAGACUACAGCAGAACGACGUUCCGCAAAUAGGGUCGGCAUGAAGCGACACAGGGCACAGGAGUCAGCAGAGACUACAGCAAAGCGACGUGCAGCAGAUAAGAGUCAUAAAAAACAACGCAGAGAACAGGAGACAGCGGAGACUACAGCAAAGCGACGUGCAGCAGAUAAGAGUCAUAAAAAACAAUACAGAGAACAGGAGACAGCAGAGACUACAGCAGAACGACGUUCAGCAAAUAGGGUCAGCAUGAAGCGACACAGAGCACAGGAGUCAGCAGAGACUACAGCAAAGCGACGUGCAGCAGAUAAGAGUCAUAAAAAGCAAUACAGAGAACAGGAGACAGCAGAGACUACAGCAGAACGACGUUCCGCAAAUAGGGUCGGCAUGAAGCGACACAGAGCACAGGAGUCAGCAGAGACUACAGCAAAGCGACGUGCAGCAGAUAAGAGUCAUAAAAAAAGACAAAGAAAACAGGAGACAGCGGAGACUACUGCGAAACGCCUUAAAACUGCACGGACAGUUAUAAAAAGAUGCAGAAGAAAAAAACAAAGCGAAGAAGCGACAAUUGAUAAGUGCGCUUCUACUUUCUUCUCUAAAAUAGCCGAGGGACCAAUAUAUGCUUGUAUGUCGUGUUGUCGGCUGCUCUAUAGAUCAACAAUUAGGGAGUUUAAGGUUGAGAAUUACACAACAAAUGAAGAUACAGAGAAAAUAGUACACUGUACGACAGGUACCCAAGUUAAUGGUAAAUAUUGGGUAUGUAUGACCUGCCACAACGCUCUCAAGCAAGGGAGAGUCCCAACACAGUCAUGGGGAAACAACCUGGAGCUUGAUGAGGUGCCGCCUCAGUUGAAAGAUCUGCGGCCUUUGGAAUUGAGACUCAUCAGCCAAAGGAUCCCCUUCAUGAAACUGGUUGGAUUGCCAAGAGGAGGACAGAAAGCCAUACAUGGUAGUGCUGUGAAUGUUCCAACUAAAUUACAGACAAUCACAUCGCUUUUACCGAGACUACCAAGCAACAGCUGAGGUUGUGCCACUGAAGUUGAAGCGACGUCUUUGCUAUCAAGGUCAUUACAUGUAUGAGUACAUUCGUCCCAAGAAAGUUGUGGACGCCUUGGUUUGGCUAAAGGACAACAACCCACUUUACAAGGAUAUCACCAUCUGUCCGGACUGGGAACAAGAAUGGGAGGGCGAUGAUCCUGAUUUGUGGGAAGCCAUGACAGGAAGAAUAACAGAGAACAAGGACAGGGAGGCAACACUCAGUCCGAGAGAGGAUGGUCCCGCUACACCGGGAAAUGACAAUCAUGGUGAGCCUGCUUUAGAAACAGAAAGGGGGGAAAUUGAUUUGGAAGAAGAGGAAGACAGGAUUUCGUUUGAGCAAACAAGUCAGCUACGAGGGCUCCCAUAUGACACCAUGCUGCAAGAGGAGCGCGUAGCUGACGGGGAGUGCACAUAUUCCUUGGCACCAGGAGAAAACCAAAAACCAUGCCCAUUUCUUACUGAUGAAAAGUUUGAAGAGAUGGCUAACCCAUCUAAAUACCCAUUUGGUCGUGGUGGUUUACUCCAGGAGCGAAGUACAAAUAUCACACCAAGAAAAUACUUCAAUCAAAGACUUCUGCACCAGGAUGGAAGAUUUGCAAGGGAUAUAGAGUACUUAUUGACCGCCCAGUAUACAGUAGAAGCAAAACAAGUCAGAGACUCUAUUCAGAUUUCUAUGCGGCAAACUCGAGGUCAUACCUUCCGAAAUAAGACAAUAAAUGCUGGCCUGAUGAAGAAUUCAGACAAUGUUCAAGCUAUGCUCCGAACGGACAUGGCAUUCAAAUUCAUGAGGAAUAUUCGGGGAUCACCAGCUUACUGGAACACUGUUUUGCUGGACUUACUGGCCAUGGUUAGACAGCUCGGCAUACCAACCUGGUUCCUUACCCUGUCAGCUGCAGACAUGCAGUGGCCAGAGGUUAUCCAGAGCAUCGCGCAUCAGUACGGAAAGACACUGACUGCUGAAGACAUCAAGAACAUGCCAUGGGAAGAGAAGUGCAGUUGGCUACGAUGUAAUCCAGUAACAGCAGCUCGUCAGUUCAAUCAUCGCCUGAAUGUGUUUUUCAAGGAGUUCAUCGGGGGCAAGGCCAACCCUAUCGGCGAACUCCAGGACUUCAUGAUCCGUAUAGAAUUUCAAGCCAGAGGAUCCCCUCACGCCCAUACUAUUCUUUGGAUGAAGGAUGCUCCAAAACUCAAUGUAAACAGCGACAAGGAAGUCAUCGCCUUCAUCAACAAACACCAAACUUGUGCAAUUCCAGAUGAAGAGGACAGUGAGCUCAGGAACUUGGUGCUCUCUUUACAGAGACACGUCCAUUCAGCUACGUGCCGAAAAGGGGGUAUUUGUAGAUUCAAAUUCCCCCAUCAGCCUAGCAAAGAAACGGUGAUUGCCAGGCCUGAUCAAGAAGAACUGAGUAAUGUUACAAAGAAGCAGAAGGAGGUGCUCAGCAAAGUAAGAUCAGUCAUGGAUGACAAAAACAUUCCUGAAGACAUUUCCUUGCAGAAUUUGUUACAGAAAGCUGAUGUCUCGCCAGAUGCAUAUGAACAGGCAUUGAAAGUUGCAAAAUCGGAAAAAAUCAUCCUACAACGUCAUCCAUCAGAAAGAAACAUCAAUCAAUAUAAUCCUAAAAUUUUGACAACUUGGCGGGCUAACAUGGAUCUUCAGUUUAUUUUGGACCCGUAUUCUUGUAUCAUGUACAUCACGAGUUACAUGCUAAAGAGCGAACGAGCCAUGAGUGAGUUGUUGAGGAAAGUGGCAGAGGAAAGCAGAGGUGAGGACUUGAAAGCUAAACUGACAAAGGUUGGUUCAGCAUUCCUGAACAACAGAGAACUGAGUGCACAGGAAGCUGCUUGGAAGCAGACUUCCCUACCUUUACAUAGAGCAAGCAGAGCAAGAGUGUUUGUCAACACUGCUCCAAAAGAGAAAAGGGUGUCAAUGCUCAAGCCUCAGAGUGUCCUCCAAGACAUGGCCGAUGAGGAUGACAAUAUUUUCUGCACAUCCCUCACUGACAGAUACGAGUCCAGACCAAAUAUCCUAAAGGACAUGUCUCUCAUAGAGUUCGCAGCUACAUAUAAAACUGGUGGCCAGGAUGCACCUGAUGAAGUCUUCGACCACAUCCCAGAAGUCCGCCAUAGCUGCGAUGACCAAGAUGCUACCUGCAGCGGAGAGACAGAUGAAGAGGACAGCAAGCGGUAUCCACCUGUCAUCACCUUGCUGAACGACAUGGGUCAGAUGAGGAAGCGCAAGCGGCACUGCAUUGUCAGAUUCCAUAAAGAGAAGAAUGAGGGUGAGGAACGCUAUAGGAACCUCCUAAUGCUGUAUUAUCCUUGGCGAAACGAAGACGUUGAUCUUAAAGCCCACUUCUCAUCCUUCAAAGAGCACUACGACUGUGUAAAGGACACUGUUCACGCUAAUGAAGCCAAGUUCAGUGUUCAUGCUGAAGCAAUCGAGGAAGCCUAUGACAACCUGCAGCGCAAUGGCCCUCCAGAAGACGCAUGGGACAGUAUUGCUCCAAAUGCGGAAUUUCAGCAAGCAGAACAGCAAGCUGAAGGAACGACUAUAGAGAAUGAAUUGCAUGAGGAGAACGACCGCGACAACAUAGACUUGGCACCACACACGAAGCCCAGUGGUCAUUCUGAACUUUAUAUGCGGUUUUCCACAGAACUGAAUACAACAUCUUUAACUUCAUCCACGUAUAGAAGCAUGAUGCGAUCUUUAAAUACUGCACAAAUGGAAGUUGUCCGGUUCCACCGGAAGUGGUGUAAAGAUGCAAUAUACGCACUGCAACAUGACCAGCCGGUACCUCAGUACACUCUCUUCUUAAGCGGCCCCGGCGGUGUUGGGAAGAGCCACGUCAUCAAGCUAAUUCACCACGACACCAUAAGGCUUGUGCAACGGUUGUCCGGACAUUUUGAUCCCGACGAGCUCUCUGUUCUGAUCACGGCUUUCACAGGAACAGCAGCUUUCAACAUUGAUGGAAUGACUUUACACUCGGCUCUCGGGUUUGGUGGUGGUCCGAAGAAGGACAAAGAGUACAGGCCACUUGGUAGUGAGAAGUUGCAUAAUCUCCGCUUGCGCCUUGGGAAAUUGAAGCUUCUGAUCGUGGAUGAAGUGUCGAUGUUAGGUUCAGAUCACCUUUAUCACACCCAUCGUCGCCUGGAGGAUAUUUGUGGCACCUGUGACCCUGAUUCCAGGUUUGGAGGAGUCAGCAUUUUGGCGGUUGGUGACCUCUUCCAGCUGCAACCCGUUGGACAAAGGCAUGUGUUCGACCUCCCUUCUGACAGUUAUGCCAAAUUACACGGAUCACUAUGGGAGGAAAACUUCAGCAUGAUGGAGCUGACAGAGUGUGUGCGGCAAAGAGAAGACCAACGGUUUGCACAACUCUUAUUGAGAAUGCGAACAGCUAAAUGUACGGAAGGUGACAUUGCCGUGUUGAAGUCGAGGAUCAUCUCAAAAACAGAUCCCAAUUAUCCAUCAGAAGUUUUACAUGUGUUCAAAACCAACAAGGAAGUUGACGACCACAACAAAGAGCAUCUAAAGAAACUUUCGACACAGCAUUUUCACAUUCAAGCUAUUGACACAAAGAAAGACAUAUAUACAGGGCUCGUAGAUGUUGGCUUGUACAAGACAAAAAACGAUAAAGGUUUAAGAGAGACUGUAUCGCUCGCAGUAGGUGCCAGGGUCAUGGUGACCGUCAACAUCGAUGUCGCUGAUGGAUUGGUUAACGGUACCUUGGGGAAAGUAGUUGGCAUUGACAACACGCUGAAUGACGUUCAUGCUGUGUUAGUUACGUUUGACAGCGAUCGUGUUGGUAGGCAGGCGAAAGCAGACAGUCAGUACAAAGACAGCUACCCAGGAGCAGUACCCAUUAAAAGACAAAGUCUUCAGAUUUUGACUGGCAGUACACAAACAGUUCAAGCGCAGCGUGCACAAUUUCCAUUGACUUUGGCAUGGGGCUGUACCAUUCACAAAGUACAGGGCAAAACACUUGACAGAAUUGUUGUCUCCAUGGACGACAAGAGCAACUUCAUGCCAGGUCAAUGUUAUGUUGCCAUGAGCCGGGUCAAGACCUUGAAUGGUCUAUACCUUCUAGGUUUUGAUCCCAAGUCAAUUAGAUGUAACCCUGAUGUAGUGCAGGAAAUGAACCGUCUUCGUCAAAAACUUUCACCCAAGGUACCGCUGCCCUUUGCUACUACGAUGUCCGGUAUGCAAAUCCGACUGCUAAACAUCCGUUCGUACCUUGAGCAUUUAGAUGAUUUAAAAGUUGACCAAACUGUUCCUCAGGCAGAUGUUUUGUGCAUUGUAGAGACAUUUCUAAAAGGACAGGAACCGAUUGACAUCGUAUUAUCAAACGCCCAAUCUUUCAGAGCUGACAGGGUUGGAAGACUAGGAGGUGGAGUAAUGGCUGUCGCUAGAAAAGCCGUCUGUCCCACAGAACUUGCAAUCACAUCUAGUGAACUGGAGUGCACAGCCAUUACUGUCAUAAAAUCAUCUACCAAAGUCAACAUUGUCACCAUCUACAGACCGCCAUGCUUCCCACCUGCCAUCUUCAUGGACAGGCUGCAAAAUAUUCUACCUUUACUCCAAAAUCCCACAGUCAUUCUUGGGGAUUUUAAUUUUGACCUCCUGAAAUAUCCCGACCACAACAUCCUGACAGUCAUGAAUCAGUUCGGCUUCAAGCAACAAGUUCAGACUCCAACCACUGACCAGGGUAGUCUUUUGGAUCAUGUUUAUAUCAAUUCAAAUUGCAGCGCACAGGUUAACGUUGUAGAUACAUACUACUCAGACCACGACAUGGUUUGUAUUUCCUUGAACUGUAAAGAUCAUGCUGAUGAUACACCCUAAGUGACAUGAAGACAUUUCCUGUCACUUUCUCUACGUAUUGUCAAUUGCACUUAAUACGUUGCUGCCUGCCUUCAGACAUCAUGACUAUCUAAACUUCUUUGCACAGAGAAUCUUUAAAUUUUACUUUUCAGCACUAUUGACGAUGCAUAUUUGAUAGUCAUGUGUGCAAAAGUUUAGGUAUGGAUUAUAUAAAUAUGACAUAUGAAUUAUAUGUUUAUAUGUAAGUAUGUCAUAUCUACAUAUAUGUAUAUAGAAAGAGAGAGAGAGAGAUACUUGUAUAUAUUUGCUAUAGAAAUAGAUGUAUAUAUUUGCUUGUAGCUUCAAAGAUAUAAAUACAUGCCGACAUAGAUAAUGAGCACUGUUAUAUAUAUUUUGCAAAAUCAGUAAACUUCUUACAUCAAUGUGUCUCAGGUGUUUGUAUAUUUUCAUUUAUAAUUUCGAGAUAUACUAAAAAAUUAAGUAUUACAAUUAACGCAUAAAAUUUACAAAAGCUCUAAAUAUUCAUGGAGGUAUGAGGUCGCCGAA